UUCCAACUUUGAACCGAGUAGGGGCGCAUCGCUUGGCGGCGAGCAAAUGUCAGGCAGUCGGGUACUCAGCCGCACGCUGGUUGGACGCGAACAAACGAACAUCGAACACGAAUUCCAAUUUCAAAUUUUAAAUUACGAUAUUUUUUUCUUCUUUUCUGUUUACGCGCCACGAUGAGGCAAAGGGUGAAUAAGUGCCAAGUGCGGCCAGUGAUGUGCUCUUGACAUUUGAACCGCGAUAAGUGAAGCGGCGCUCAUCGAAUAUAGAACGAUUGAUAGUUGACAUUUAAACGUCAGUCGCACCGGGACUGUCGGUUGGUUAAUUAAUUGGCAAUACAAAAAGCUAAUCAUUGUGUGAAUUUAAUAAUAUUUUUGGCUACAUUGUAUAUACAAUAAAAUUGUUAAUUAUCAGCGUGUAUGAUAGUUUUUGUUUUGCAUUGUAUGAGUAAAGAACUUCUCAACGACACAUCGAGAUUCUGAAUCCUUCAUUUAAAUUUUGUUUGUUUAUUUUUUUCCCUCAUUAUAGCCAGGUAUUAAGUUUUUUUUUGUGUUUCAGCCAUCACGUGUGCUAUGUUUGUAGUUUCAAUAGUGAAAUUUAAUUAAGUAAGGAUUCAACUAAUUGUGGUGAAAAUGAUAUCGAGACAAUUCUUAUGUGUUGGUGCAUCUCUACUGUGCCUAGGCCUGGCGCUAGUUCUAGCUCAGGACGUGCGUGACUCGCGCAUCCCGGCGACGCGGUUCUCGUGUCGCGGCCGCGGCUCCGGCUACUACGCCGACGUGGAGACCGGCUGCCAGGUGUACCACAUGUGCGACGGGCUCGGCCGGCAGUUCUCGUACACGUGCCCCAACACCACGCUGUUCCAGCAGCGGAUGCUGGUCUGCGACCACUGGUACAUGGUCAACUGCUCGCGCUCCGAGCGGGACUACGACGCCAACCUGCUUAUUGGUCAGCGCGACAAGCCGUUCGUGUCGGAGCACGAGAUGCAGUUCCGCACGCCGCGGCCCGACAUCCUGUCCGUGCCGCCCAACAGCAACUAUUAUGAUGGCCUGAAGGAGGCCGAGUCGAAGUACCCGGUGCACCCUGGGAACAGCAUCGUCGGAGUAGCAGACUCGCUGUCAUCCAACAACAACGGGCUGGACAACGGCAAGCAACAGCAGUACCGGCCGCCGACCUCGUGGUCCACCGGCACCGGCACCCGGCGGCCCACCAGCGGACCCACUAGACCCACGGCCCAAGCGCCCAGCGGAAUAGACGCACAGGACAACCUAGCUGGUGCCGCGUCCCAAAAGCCGACACCGACCUACCAGACUCUACCUGACUUCAACGACUUCAAUCAGAACACUGGAGUACCCAACUCCAGGCCUGUGUCUCCGCCUACACAAGACCUGCGACCCCCGGAAGCCCCAACCACUACAGAACAGCCGUCAUCUGAGGAGUACGAUCUUGACAUCCGGAUGAAGAAUUCUAGUGAAGAUCCGGUCUUCCAGUUUAUAAAACGGUUCGAUCCUAACUCUCCUGACUCGCUGAAGACCACCAUGACUGCCUCGGAGAUUCUGAAUAUCAACCAGCAGCUGCCGCAGGGACAAGACGUCAGCACGGAGGAGGAACGAACCCCGAGGAGACAGAAAAACCGCGGAAACAACUUCAACACGCUGCAAACGGAGAAGCGAAAGGGAAACACAGAGCAGACCCGGUUCAAUACUAUUAACACCAAGCCCACAGCGCCCACUCCUCAAACAGAUACAAACAAUUUCAGCCCAGUCAAUGAAAACAGCAACCAACGAAGCACGGGUCUAUCGGAGCCUGAUAAGCAUCUGCUUCCUCCGAAAAGCGAUUACGCGGUGAUACCAUCGACCACCGUUGGGCCUCCUGUGUACUACGAGUGGAAGUGGGCGGUCCCAGCCUUCGACCUAGAGCUCCCGCUGGCCGACAACUCUACCGACAACGGCACCGCUGCCGAAGUGCCGCAGGGAAGAAGCAAUUCUCAAGGAAACAGACCAUUCUCCAACUGGUCGAGACCGACCACUGAGGAGCCUGAUCUGAACCCCUCUAAUGUAGAGUACAACAUCAGCUCAUACUUCGUGCCGGAUUACCAGUUCCCUCUGGACAAGCCACAUCCAGGAUACGAGGAUGAGAACGCUGAGACCUCCUUCCAAGUGAAGGUGGGCAGGCCUGGACGGUCCUUUGGGGAGAAUCCAAACUGCCCUCACUGCCACCCCGCCUACUUGAACCCAGGAACCUGCGAACCUUGCAUCGUCAAACGGUAACGAUUUAGGGAAGAUUGAUUGUAGAUGCCAUAGGUAUAGUUGUUAGGAAGUUGAUUUCGAUCUAUAGAUACGUAGGAAAGUCAAAAGUGGAAUUUAGGAGCUGUUUCUUGCAUCCAGUUAAAGUGUGUACUUAUCGAGAUGAUUAAAAACAAAACCUGCAGCUUUUAUAUAAAUUACUUUUAGUUUUAUACCUACCUACAUAAGGACCCACCACAAAAGCCCUAAGAAAGUUCUGUGUGUUUACUCAGUGUACCUAGAUACUUUUAGCCUACACAAUAGUUCAUUGUACGUUAAUACCUUACUAGGAAACUAUAUAGGUCUUAUAGGUUGGUAGGCCUUCCAUACUAUGAAACUAGCAAAUUCAAUAAAUUAUUAUUAUAGUCCCCCUAAGCCAAUGUUAACUGUAAGAUUCAAAAGUAUAAUUAUUAUUAAAAUUAAGUUUUACACUUUUUGUACUUCUGUCUAAUUGACGUAGUUAAUAAUACAUAAGUACCUUUCACAUUUGUAUAAAUAUUUGUAUUUAAAUAGUUAAAAAUGUAUAAAUUAUAAAAUACCUAAAUGCCAUUACAUAAAUAAAUACUUAACUACAUAAAAUA